AUGUGGAAACUUAAGGUUGGAGAAGGGAAUAUUAAUGAAACAUACUUGUACAGCACAAACAAUUAUGUUGGAAGGCAAAUAUGGGACUAUGAUCCAAACAAAUGCACAACUCAACACAAUCAGGCUGUAGAAAAAGCACGACAAGAUUACAAGAAUAACCGCAACAAAGAUAGCUCACGCGCACUCCCCUGCGCCGACUUACUCAUGCGCAUGCAGCUUAAAAUGGAGAACAAACAUAUAGAUCUAAGCAUACCCGCGGCUAGAGUAGGGCUCGGAGAAGAAGUCGGUUAUGAAGCUGCCACGACGGCUUUAAGGAAAGGGAUUCGACUCAAUAGAGCAAUCCAAGCCAGCGAUGGCCAUUGGCCUGCUGAAAAUGCCGGCCCUAUGUUUUUCACUCCACCCUUUAUCAUCAUUCUCUACAUCAGCGGAGCCAUAAACGCUGUUCUUACAUAUGAGCAUAAGAAGGAGCUUAAACGUUACAUUUAUCUUCAUCAAAAUGAAGACGGAGGAUGGGGAUUGUACAUAGAGGGCCAUAGCACCAUGUUCGGGUCCUUGCUGAACUACGUGGCUCUUCGUCUUCUCGGGGAGGGCCCUGAUGAAAUUAUGAUAACUAGAGCACGAAAAUGGAUUCUCGGUAACGGUGGCGCAACCGGAAUACCAUCGUGGGGAAAGAUUUAUCUCUCGGUCCUUGGUGUAUAUGAGUGGUUAGGCUGCAAUCCUAUUCCUCCUGAAUUCUGGCUUUUCCCAUCUUUUCUCCCUUUUCAUCCAGCAAAAAUGUGGUGUUAUUGUCGCGGGUCGUAUAUGCCUAUGUCUUACCUCUACGCUAAGAAAUGUCGUGGGCCAAUCACCGACCUCGUUAAGUUAAUACGAGAAGAGAUUCACACGAUGGCUUACGACAAAAUAAACUGGAACAAUGCGCGCAACUAUUGUUGUAAGGAGGAUUUGUAUUACCCUCAUACCACUGUCCAAGAUCUUAUAUGGGAUGUGCUUCAUUACUUUAUUGAGCCGGUUAUGAAGCGAUGGCCUUUCAAUAAGAUCAGAGAAAGAGCCUUGACGAAGACGGUAGUUCACAUGCGCUACGCUUCCGAGAACAGCCGAUACAUUAAUAGCGCUUGUAUAGAGAAAAGCUUACAAAUGAUGUGUUGGUGGGCGGAGGAUCCAAAUGGCGACGAAUUCAAGUAUCAUCUUGCAAGAGUCCCCCAUUUCUUAUGGCUUGCUGAAGAUGGAAUGAAAAUACAAAGUUUUGGGAGUCAAUUGUGGGAUUGUGCAUUAGCAACUCAAGCAAUCUUGGCUAGUGGUAUGGUUGAUGAAUAUGGGGAUUCAUUAAAGAAAGCUCAUUUUUUCAUACAACAAUCACAGAUCAAAGAAAACCCUGCUGGUGAUUACAAAAAAAUGUACCGACACUUCACAAAAGGGUCUUGGACUUUCUCUGAUCAAGAUCAAGGUUGGGCCGUCUCAGACUGCACCGCCGAGGCAUUGAAGUGCUUAAUCACACUUUCGCAAAUGCCCGAAGAAAUUGUUGGGAAGAAACCCCACGUAGAACGGUUGUUCGAAGCUGUUAAUGUCAUGCUUUACAUGCAGAGUCCUGAAAGUGGGGGCUUUGGCGUUUGGGAGCCACCAGUUUCACUUCCAAUGAUACAGAUGUUGAAUCCCUCAGAAUGUUUUGCUGACAUUAUGGUGGAGAUGGAGCACGUGGAAACCACCGCAUCAAUAAUAACUGCUCUAGUAAAUUUUAAGUUUCUUCAUCCGGAGCAUCGCAAGAAUGAAAUUGAUAUGGCAGUUUCAAAAGCAGUGAGAUUCUUGGAACAUAGACAAUGUCCAGAUGGUUCAUGGUAUGGAUAUUGGGGUAUUUGCUUCAUUUAUGCAACAUUUUUUGUUCUAAGAGGCUUGAAUGCCUGUGGAAAGACAUAUUACAGUUGCGAGGCCAUUCGUAAGGGGGUCAAAUUUUUGCUUUCGAUACAGAAUGAAGAAGGUGGUUGGGGAGAGAGCCUUGAAUCUUGCCCAUCUAUGACAUAUCAACCAUUGGAAGGAAAUAGGACAAAUUUGGUGCAAACAUCAUGGGCCUUGUUGGGCCUUCUUUAUGGUGGACAGGCUGAGAGAGAUCCAGGUCCGUUACAUAAAGCAGCAAAGCUCUUGAUAAAUUCACAGCUUGACGAUGGAGAUUUUCCACAACAAGAAAUCACGGGAGUAUACAUGAAGAAUUGUAUGUUACAUUACGCGCAAUACAGGAAUAUUUAUCCAACAUGGGCACUUGGAGAAUAUAGAAGACAAAUUUGGCCAACGGUUUAAUUAAUUAAC